AAGAUGUCGCUACGUACGCGCCGCGCUCCCUCUCACAGGAAGAAGAAAUUAUUCAGUAUAUGUAGCUCUCAGAAGGUUGCCCUGUCUAUAAUUAUUAGUAAUUCAUCAGCAAAAUGUAAAACCACAUAUGAUAUAGUUAACUGCCGCUCAAUUGACAGAAAAAUGGCCCCUCGGUUGCAGUUGGAGAAAGCUGCUUGGCGUUGGGUGGAAAACGUGAGACCAGAAGAAAUUAGUCUGGAGCACGUAGAGCUGGCUUACCGCGUGAACCUCCCCCCCUGCAAAAGAGGAACCUGCAGGAGAAACUGCAAAGGAAAUCCAAAUUGUCUUGUGGGUAUUGGUGAACAGGCUUGGCUUGGAGAUAUUGAUGAGAAUACUUUUCACAACAUAGAUGAUCCAAAUACAGAACGCAGAGUCAAGAACUCAUUUGUUGGUCUGACAAACUUAGGAGCAACAUGUUAUGUAAAUACAUUUCUGCAAGUAUGGUUCCACAACUUGGAAAUGCGAAGAAGCCUUUAUCAGUGUCAAAGCUACACAGAACAGCAUGUCGGUGAUGAAUCUGAUUAUGAACCUCAGACCAUUUGUGAGCAUCUACAGUAUCUGUUUGCACUUCUACAGAACAGCAACCGGAAGUACAUUGAUCCUUCAGGAUUGGUGAAAGCUUUAGGACUGGACACUGGGCAACAACAGGAUGCUCAGGAAUUUUCCAAGCUCUUCCUGUCUCUACUUGAAGACACACUGUCAAAACAGAGGAACUCCAGUUUGCAGAAUGUCAUUCAACAACAGUUCUGUGGGCAGUUUUCUUAUGUUACAGUUUGCACCCAAUGUUCGCGAUCCUCUGCUCGGCCAUCUCGGUUUUAUGAAUUGGAAUUAAACAUCCAGGGUCAUAAAAACCUCACCGACUGCAUCAUAGAGUUUCUAAAGGAAGAAAAGCUUGAUGGGGACAAUCGUUAUUUCUGUGAGAGCUGCCAGAGUAAACAGAGCGCAACCCGGCGAAUUCGACUUCACAGCCUCCCACCUACUCUCAACCUGCAGCUUAUGCGUUUUGUCUUUGAUAGGCAAACUGGUCACAAAAAGAAACUUAACACAUACAUCAGUUUUCCUGAGCAGCUGGACAUGGGAGUAUUUUUGGAAGGAAAAGGAGACCAACGAUGUGUAUAUGAGCUCAGUGCAGUGCUGAUCCAUCGAGGUGUCAGUGCGUAUUCAGGCCAUUACAUUGCCCAUGUUAAAGAUCCCUGUACUGGGGACUGGUACAAGUUCAAUGAUGAGGAAAUUGAGAAGAUGGAAGGCAAAAAGCUGCAUCUUGGUACAGAGGAGGACAUUGCAGAAACAGCAAAAUCUCAGACAAAAAAGCCAAAAUGUAGCAAGGGCUACCACUGCUCCAGGAAUGCCUAUAUGCUGGUGUACAGGCUCCAAGAACAGUGCUCUUCGGAUAGCACUAAGUUGACUGUUGAAGUUCCAGCUUUUCUCAAGAGGUUAGUGGAUCGAGAUAAUCAGAAGUUUGAAGAAUGGUGUGUUGAGAUGUCAGACAUGAGAAAGCAAAGUGUUGACAAGGGAAAAGCAAAACACGAGGAGGUGAAGGAGCUCUAUGAACUUUUACCUGUAAAAGAUGGUGAUCCGUAUGAGUUUAUUUCCCUGGAAUGGCUAAAGAAGUGGCUGGAUGAUUCUACAGCAACAAAGGAAAUUGACAACUCCUCAUUUUUGUGUUCUCAUGGAAAACUUCAUCCUGACAAAGUGGGUGAAUGCAAAAGAAUAUCUGUGCAAGCAGCCCAACAACUCUAUAACCGGUAUGGAGGAGGGCCAAGGCUAGAGUGCUCGUCUCUCUGCAGAGAAUGUGUUGAGCAGCGAUGCCGUGUACUACGAUUAAAAAAUCAGCUCAAUGAGGACUACAAGGAAGUGUCAAAUUUGGUCAAACAGACUCCUAGUGAGAAUGGGUUUUGGAUUGGCAAAACCUCUCUAAGAAGUUGGAGACAGCUGGCUUUAGAACAACUGGAGACAGAUGAACAGGAAACUAAACACAGCAAUGGAGAGACCAAUGGACAGGGUCCAAAUGCUAUUCACAGCAAAGAAUUCAGUUCGGAGAACUCUGAGGGCAAUGAAGAGGACAUGAAAGUUCUCAAUGAAGAUAUAGUGUGCAGUCAUGGAGGACUAAGAAUAGUAGAGAACGAAAGAAAGUUGGUCUCUGCUGAAGUUUGGGCAAAACUGAAGACAUACUUUUCAAAUGCCCCGGAAUUUCCCCAAAAUCAAGCGCCUUGUCAGCAGUGUCUGACAUUGGAGCAAGAGGAAAAGGACAAUGAAGCAGUCAGCAAAAUGAUGGCACAGGAACAGAAGAAUCAGCUGCCAAAUCUUUUCCAAGACAAGAACCGACCAACACUCACCAAAUGGCCUCAAGAUACAGAUAUACUGUAUAUAGUCCCAGUGUUUUUUGUGGAUGAGUGGAAGAAGUUUAUCCGGAGACCGACGAAAACCUCUCCAGUUUCUAACGUGGGCAACAGUCUCCUACUUUGUCCCCAUGGUGGAUUCAUGUUCACUUAUGAAUCUCUGCUAAAUGGUGAUACACAGCAUAUAGCUUUACUCUGGCCCAGUGAAUGGAAUAUAAUAAGCAGACUCUUCAUUGUGGAUCAAGCAAUCUCCAUUCGCUUGUGUCAAGAAUCUACAUCCACUGGCUCUGCACCCCAGUACAUAACUGAACCUGAUCUCUGUUGGGAAUGUCGAGAGGGAUUUAUUUUCCAACAGCAGAGGGACCUCAGAGAGUAUGCCCAAGCGACCAUCUAUAUCCGGAAAGUCAUAGAUGAUAAGAUGGACACGACCCCGGAACCUAAUGCCAGCAGCUCAGAUGCAGAGGAGGAUAAAGAGGAAACACCAAAAGCAGAUGAGGAAAUAGAUCCACAUCUGUCCCAGUUACAGAAUGGCAGCAAGCGAAUAAAAUUGGAUGAAAGCAUCUCUACCAGUGCAGUGCCUGCUCUGGUAACGAAUAUGACUAAAGCAGGUGGUAUUAGAAGAAGCACACGUCACAGGAAACUGAGAGGAGAGAAGGCACUCAUUGUUUCGGCAAACCAAACCCUCAAGGAACUGAAAAUCCAGAUUAUGCAUGCCUUCUCCGUGGCUCCCUUUGAUCAGAACCUGUCAAUCAAUGGAAAAAGUCUAACUGAUGAUAUGGCCACUCUAGGCAGUCUGGGUGUCAUUCCUGAAAGUGUCAUUUGUCUAAAGGCUGAUGAACCAAUCGCUGACUAUUCUGCAAUGGAUGAUGUGUUUCAGGUGGGAAUGCCUGAGGAAGGAUUCAAAGGCACUGGGCUUCUUGGACAUUAAAGAACAAUGCAACUUGUGUCUGCUGAUAAGAAGGCUGCUGGCCGCCAGAGCAUAAUGCUUGAUUUAUUCAAGUGUUUGUUUAUAAAUAUUAAAUAUUCAUUUUCUUUAGUUUUUUAUUCCUUUUCAAUGGCUUUCAUUAUAUUAAAACUGUGAAUGUUGCA